CAACACGUGGAAAAAGCGUAUGCUCACUAUUCGAACCUCUUCGAGAACCCUCCACCAACCAUGCCAACCGUAGACCAGUACAUAUUCGAGGAAAGCAUCACGUACGGGGCAAUAAGGAAACGAGGGCAAAGCAAGGCCCUUCCGCUGAAGGUAGCCAGCAGGGGUGCUCUCGGGAUAGGACAGCCUGGCGGAGAUUCUUCGAAGGGCGUCGCGUUCGUUGGUGCCGGUGGAAACUACACCGAGUCGUACGUGGACCCAUCAGCGUUGCUCUUUGCCGACGAAGACAUCGACAAGUUACUCAAGUUUUUCGAUAACGCUGGGCGCGGGGACGACAAGGUCACGCUUGAGGAGAUGAUUUCUGGCUUUCGCAAAAUACGGAGGAAGUGGGCCACCGUUAAGGCCGAGAGAGCCGGUCGAGUCGUUCUGGCCAAGGUCGUGCGGUUGAUGAGACGAGCGGGGAUGUCUCUCGAAGAGUGGUUCAAGUUCAUGGAUAUAUCUCAGAACGGACACGGUGACGGAAAGCUGACCGCUUUGGAGCUCCGGGUGGGCUUUGAGCGUCUGGCCACCCACAUCGCUCGACGCGAGUGCUGCUGCCGUGCUUUCAAGUGCAACCGAAUCCCGAACUACGGCCUCCCUCCCUUGACAGGCCCUCAGAUUGACCCUGCCGGCGACGGGUUUGAAACGGCCAACGGUACCAGCAUCAACUGCCGUUCCUCGAGUAGCGGUGUCGCCAAAGACCUUUCCAUCGUAGAACGCACCGGUAAGCAAGAAAAUAGUUCCAGCCAUGCGCAAGACCAUGGCCACCAGGCACCUUCUGACCGCGGAAAGCAUCACCAUCAUGAAGGCUUCGAGGAGACCGAUCCAACCCAACACAACCACAGCAGCAGCCACCACCAAGGCUGCACCACCAUCAACCGAGACACCAGCUCCUCUAUUACCCCGGACGGUAUUCCUGACCCAACAGAGGAACCCGAGCCGAAGCGUGCUGGGGGGGAAGGCGAACGUGGACAGCAAGAGGAAAGCAAACCAUUGGGCGGUUCAGCUCAAGGUGCUGCUAGUGGUGGCUCACUGGGGAGCGCUUUUCCAAUGGGGCACCAUCGGUCACAGGGAGCUCGUGGUGCGAGCCUUUACGGCGACAGCGGAAGCGUAGAUGCUCGGCGUUUAUCACAGGGGAUGAAUGUGCUACCGGGAAACCGUUGUGGCGGCGGUGUUGGUGGUGGCGGUGGCGAUGGCGGUGGCGGUGGUGGUGGCGGCGGCAGCCGGAGCAACACCAUCGCAAGACGGUCUGAGGAAGAACCAGGACAUGAAAUCGAUCAUUGCGAAAGUGACCUGGUUCCCAUGGGGGCUAAGGAAGGACCUUCGGCCGGGCAAGAGCAGUGGUGCGGGGCCGGCAAUCAGGCGGGACCAAUCGAGAACUACAAAGAGGAGGGGGUCAAAUCGAGAACGAGAACUUCUUCGAUAGACAUGCUGAACGCCGGCAGGGCGGUUGCGUGUCGGGAGCACGCACUAGAUGGCAUGGUGUAUCUAGGGCAGAGGGCGUAUUUCCUUGGGCUCGAGAACGAGACGUUCACUUCGAAGGACGUCAGCGAUCUCAUGCGCUUUAUCGAUACGGACGUCGAUUUCUCUCUAGACAUCCGGGAAAUGCGGCUAGCAAUUUCAAGACUACAUGCCGACGAAGACGAAGAUGAUGCCAGGACGAGCGAGGCCGGAAACCUUCUGCAGGUGCUGGAGAGCUACAUGCACCGAACAGGGGCACGAUUCACGGACGUGUUCUUCUGCUUGGACAGGCGGGUGAACCGGAGCGGGUACAUCGAGAAACACGAACUUCGAAUGUUGUUCGAAGCUCUAUCCAGGGAGCCCGCGCGGCGAAAGGCCCGGGCGAGGGCGAAGGCCGAGCUCGCCGAAGAAAGGGCCCGGCAACAGGAGUUGAGAACGGCCGAAGCACAUGACGCGUUGGAGAGGCUGGAGAAGUACAAGAAGGCGGGAGUGUACUCGGUGCUGAAGCGGAUAGAGGUGUGGCAAACGCGCACCGGCAAGCGCCUUAGCGAAAGCUUUCGCGGCAGCACGGGUGACGGUGCCGGCAAUCACGGCUUGGAUGUCGACGAACUGGCGGCGUUCAUGCGCAACCUCGACUUCGAGCUCAGCCCGGCGGAGGCCAUGUUGGUCCUACGGCACCUUGAUGGAGGAAACAACGGGCUCGUGGAGGUUGGCGAGGUGGCCACCGCCGUCCGGGACAUUCGGAGGUACGAAAUGAUCGUCAAGGCCGCGCGAGAAGACCACGUUCUCAGCGGUCCCAGCGGUGGCGGUCGUGCCCGGAGGCCGCUGCUGGCCACCGCCGGCACCGUCAGCACCUGCGAUGCUGCUUUCGACGAUGCUGGGCAUGACGACCGUGGUGCGGGUGGCGCGGGCAAGGAGGGUGGGGUCGGGAUGGACCGGCGGUAUUCCGCCCCCCUUUGGACAUCAUUACCCACGGCAGGGCGUCGACUGCGCCUGCCGGAGGCAGAAGAAGCCAACGCGGGACACUCGUCGCCAGCAGGCGUCCGACUGCUGCGACCACCGACACCGGCAGUUGCGACGGUCGCAGCAUCCGGCCACAUCUGGCGCGGGCAGGCGGCACGGCCAGCCGCGAGCUAGGUGCCGCCUGGGCCGGGCGUUCGGUCGGCAGCGCUGGGGAUGUCGCCAGCGGUGGUGGUCGUGGUGUUGCUGGUGGGGGGGUUGCUCACCCUGGUAGCGGGGGUAGCGGCGCUCGUGGUGGCGGCUCGGCAGCAGCUUCGAUCCAUGCGUUACACCAGCAGCAGCAGCAGCAGCAGCAGCAGCAGGAGAGGCGCAGACAAACGCGGCGGUCGCCACACCCAGGCCCCCACCGUGGGAUCAGCAGCAAACGAUUCUUGAAAGGCGGCGACGGGGCUGUCAUCGGCCGUGCCGCUGGAAGAGCCAACAAGGGUAGGAACUCUUUGGCUGCAGAGUUGGUUGGGAAACGUGGUGCUGCUGACACGAAUCGCGCUGCUGGUUCCGCUACAGGUGCUUCCAGUGCUGCUGCUGUUGCUGCUGAAGGAGUAGAAGAGCCGCAAUCACCGUGUGUGUUGGGCCUCAGGGAUGAGUGGUGGCCGGCGGCGAUGAGCGCCGUGGAGGACGGGGCACGGCUGAACAUCUACACCGGGAGCGUUCUGGAUGGUCGUUGGCUCAACUCACUUGAUGCGCGUCUUACCAAGACGAUGCGGUCAACGAGAAGAUGAUGACGGUGUUUGUUCUUGUAGUCCACCGCUGUAAUUUCUGCUGUGGUGGCGAUAUGACUUGUGCCGACUUCGACGGGUUAGGUCGACAGCCUCGUGCUCGUUAGGCGGUCGUUGUUGGUGAUGUUGAGUUCCUUGCCCGACCCCUGUGUGCUCGCGGUAGUUUUUCGGUAUAUUAUCCUGUACGAGUAAGCUUCAGUUUUCCUGCAAGGGUCGCAAACUAAAUAAACACUACACAGACUGUAGCUCUGGCAGACGACCAGCGCGAUGUCACAAGUUGCCAGGAUGCCCCCUGGCCAACUUCAAGAACGUGACCAGCUUUUUCUGAUACCAAUUUGACAAGCGUUGACCCCAGCCGACUGGGUCAACGUUCUGGGCGCCAAUCUACGUUGCGGCGUCACUCGUUUGUUGCCGCUGCCGUGCCUCACUUCACUGCCUAAGCUGCUUGCUCGCUGUGGGGUCGGCCGCCGUUACGGACUUCCGACGAGGCGCUCGCUCUCGAUUGCCCCAUUAGUAUUUCUGUACCCUCACAUCGUUCUCGUCAUCGUUAUAGCCAGUAGCGGCCUAAACAGCAACCCUAUCCCGACUGAUUGCUGUUCACAACCCCGCCAAAUCGUUUAUUGGCGGGCGGGCGUGUUCCCCUCUUCCCUCCCCACGAGGUUUGAUCAUCGCGCGCCCCCAUCGCCCGCUGCCCACCUCCCUCUCAUCCCUGCACCUUUUUUCCCAUGUCUUCUCUCUUUCUCUCUCUCUCGCGCUCUAUCUCUCUCCAUCGUUCUCGCUUUCGACGUGGUCACCUCCGCUGCUUGCGUAUCACACACCAUACGGUAGCCGGUACGCUGUUCCGACUUCUCCAGGCUCCCCUCCGCACCCGCCCGUCUCGCCCUGACCUCCUCUAUGACAACUCUGCCGUGUGUCCUCACUGCUUCGGCCGUCACCGCUGCUGCUGCCGCAAAUUAGUGAUCCGUCCCUUCGUACGAUGCUGCUAGAGCCGGUCUUCUCGAGGUCAUCUGCAUGGUACGAUGGCACCACGGCCGCAGCCGCAUGCUCGGUCUGAGCUUCUCUCUCCGGCCUGCUCGCCGUCUCUCCUCCACCGCCACCAAUAGGUGGCCUAUCUCUAGCGCACCUCCUCCCCUGCGUCGAGCUGCCGGCGCUUAUCCUCCUCCUCCAAUCCAUGCCUUCGCCCUUGCCGCUUCCACACGUCUCACCGCCGCCACUCAAGCUGCCCGUCUCGGAGGGUAUGACGCAUAUUCCACUCGCCGUAAGUUUAAUAAUUGAUUACUCUGUCGCUAACU